CCGGUGACAUAUUGCACAAAGUUUAAAGAUUCAGUGUGGGACAGAAAUUCAUUUACCAACGGUUUUGAUGGACAGCAAACAUGAAUAUUAAAAUCCCCAAGAAUCAAGUGUCUAUCACCAUGAGACAUCAGUCCAGAAAGAAAGUCUGAAAACUGUUGGAUGAAAUCGCUAUUAAAUCUGGCAGGUCUGUACACGAGUGCACAGAAAACAGGACCCUAGACAUCCAUAGCUGGAUACAUGUCCGUGGGUAGCAUUCUGCAUUUAAAAGAGUUUCUAAAAACAGUGGCAACGCCUCCUUCUCGCCCCGAAGUCCAUGUUACAGUCACAGUCUGGUGGUGUUCGACCCCACAGGGCCAUUUGUUCGCCAUGAUUCAGCCAGGUCUUUGUGAAUAAAUAGUCCAACGAUUGUGAUGUAAAAAAGUCAUUCAAAAUAAAGAUUUGUUCAAUUUCUAUCUUGCGUUUACAAGUGCCUUCUUACUAGUGGGUUCAUUUGCGCUUUUAGCUGAAAUAGAAGAUGUGUUUCUGUGAGCUGAGAUUAUCGAACUUGACCACCCGCUUCACAUCACUUACACCAGUCGGAGGGUGAUGCAGAGCAGCGCAAUAGUUGUAAACUCCAGCUGACACGCAGGACGAGGAAUUCAGUCGCUCUAAAUUGAGAGACGAGUAGUAUAUAACCAUUCGGAAGUAAAAUAACAGUAUAUGAGUGCAAACAAACAUGGAGAUCCCUGCUGGGCUUGGUAAAGACCGAUGACUAAACUCCAGCAGGCCAGAAUGGCACAGCAUAAUCAAUGAUCCAACAACGCAGAAUCGAAAUUCAGCAUCUGUGCACUCCAGCUCCACUGGACAUGGACAAUGUGCAGGAAGUCAAGCUGCCCAUUUAAAAACUGCACAUAACAUCGACCAUAUGGCAGAAAAAUCAAGCUGCCCAAUUAGAGCGCUGCGUACUGCAUCUGUCUCAGCGAAAACCAUCGAAUGAAAAGAGGGCAGAAGAGAAGAGAUAAACAGGAGGAUGGAGGAGGCCCAAGCCCUGGUGUCCCUGAAAACUGCAAAAAGCUUCGUCAAGAGGGUUCAGAGGAACUUGUGCAGGAGCAAGGGCACUACAACCCAGAAAGCACUGUAGACUGGGGCUGCCUGCCUCAGGAGAUCCUGCUGCAGAUUUUCCAGUAUCUGCCCUUACUGGAUCGGGCUUUUGCCUCACAGGUGUGCAGGGGCUGGAACCAAGCUUUUCACAUGCCUGAGCUCUGGAGGUGCUUUGAGUUUGAGCUCAACCAGCCUGCCAGCUCUUACUUGAAGGCCACACACCCAGACCUCAUCAAGCAAAUCAUCAAGAGACACUCCAACCACCUUCAGUAUGUCAGUUUCAAGGUGGACAGUAGCACUGAGUCUGCAGAAGCAGCCUGCGAUAUCCUGUCUCAGCUGGUGAACUGCUCGCUCAAAACCUUGGGGCUUAUAUCCACAGCUCGACCCAGCUUCAUGGAGUUGCCUAAGUCUCAUUUCAUCUCAGCUCUGACUGUGGUUUUCGUAAACUCCAAGUCCCUGUCCUCGCUGAAGAUUGAUGACACGCCAGUAGAUGACCCGUCACUGAAAGUUCUUGUAGCCAAUAACAGCGACACACUCAAACUGCUGAAGAUGAGCAGCUGCCCUCAUGUCUCACCUGCAGGCAUUCUGUGUGUGGCUGACCAGUGCCAUGGCCUACGUGAGCUAGCACUUAACUAUCACCUGCUAAGUGACGAGCUGCUGCUGGCAUUGUCAUCUGAGCGCCACGUGCACCUGGAGCAUCUACGGAUUGAUGUGGUGAGUGAGAACCCAGGGCAGAUGCAGUUCCAUACCAUCAAGCGGAGCAGCUGGGAGGCCAUGGUUCGCCACUCGCCCAAGUUCAGCCUUGUCAUGUACUUCUUCCUGUACGAGGAUGAGUUUGGGCCAUUCUUCCGUGAUGAAGUGCCUGUAACUCACCUCUACUUCGGCCGCUCUGUGAGCAAGGAGGUGCUGGGCCGUGUGGGGAUGACGUGCCCUCGCUUGAUUGAGCUAGUGGUGUGUGCCAACGGCCUGCGUCCUCUCGACGAGGAGCUGAUUCGCAUUGCUGAGCGCUGUCAGCAUCUGUCAGCCAUCGGCCUUGGAGAGUGUGAGGUCUCCUGCAGCGCAUUUGUGGAGUUUGUGAAGAUGUGUGGCUGCCGCCUCUCUCAGCUCUCCAUCAUGGAGGAGGUGCUAGUGCCCGACCACAAAUAUGGCCUUGACGACAUACACUGGGAGGUGUCAAAACACCUGGGCCGUGUCUGGUUCCCUGAUAUGAUGCCCACCUGGUAGGGUACGGCCACACCAUUUUGCACAGGGUUUACCUUCUUCUGCAAACCAAGCCUUGCCCUAUUCCUUGAGAAAUUACACACAUUUCACUGAAUUUGCAGUGUUAAUGGGAGGUGUUUAGUUGAAAAACCUUAAUAUCCUUCUGUCUGAUUUUUGGGCGGAGCAACAAAACAUUUUUCUCUGAUGCAUCUUAGCUUCCCUUGUUGUUAAUGUCUCCACUCGCAACGCAUUAACGGAGAUGUAAAUUAAGAAAAUGAAACACAGUUUAUCAGAGCUUUUUCACUAUACAAGAAGGCAAGCACAUGCACAAGUAGCUUUAAUAAGGUAAGCUAAUAAGCUUAGUUACAGCUCAUAACUGGUUAGGUUUAUUUACUUUCCUGAAAUCAAUUUUGCAAGCAUUAAUUGUCCUUCUUAACAAUUAAUUUAAAAAAAUAAAAGACUAAACACUAAUGCUAGCGAUUUCAGAUACAGCAAGUAGUAAGCAGCUUCUGGGAUUUUUUUUCUGCUAUAAUGAUGUAACAUGUACAUGACACAUGUUAUGUAUGUCUGACCAAUACCAUGCUCACACACACUGGCUGCAGCCUAGACACCUCCAAAGCCACAGGUUAUAAUUAGUGGGCAUCAUAGGAGUAUGGCAUGUUGCACACAGUCUCACAAGCUUACAUUGCACCCAGUGUUCCCAGUAUAGGCUCCAUGACCCUGAUCAGCACAAAGGGUUUACUGAAAGUGAGUGAGUGAGACAUGUACAUGUGCUUAUGAAAUCAUUUUUUACGUGUGUUUCUCAGUUUGAAAUACACGGAUUAAUCUUCUUAUAGCUAUUUUGAUAAAAGUCCAAUUUGCAUAUGCUUUUAAGGGGUUUCCCUCAUAGGUUUGCACUAUUCAUGCCAUGUCAAUAUUUUUGUCAGAGGCAUAAAUUGCAGUGAUUAAAUAGUGGGGAUUUUUCCAGUCAUAAAGACUUACUAUCGUGAGACAUUCAACAUAAACUGUAUGACUGAAAACCUUCACAGUCCUUCUGAAUAAUAUUUUAUUUAUGUAUACAUGUAAAUGUUAUUCUUCUCACUUUGUGUGUCUGUUUUUGUUGUUUUGUUUGGGGUUUUUUGCCAUUUAGUUUUUUUAGCUGGAACUGUAAGUGAUGGAAAUGCUAAAUAGAAAUUAUGCUCCAGAAGAAGAGGACUUUUUCAGCAAGUAAAUGUGCCAAACUGCUUUCUACUGAACCUUAUCCAUUGGCGAUUCAGUAUUACUUUCUGUGGCUUUUGAUUUGAUAAAUGUCUGUAAAAAGAGUACAUUUGCAAGGUGGCAGAGUGUAGCACAGAAAUUCAAGGUAAGGUAUUGAAGAGUAGGAAUGAAUAAUUGAAUUAUAGAGUAUAUUUUGCUUUGAUAGUGUAGGCAUAUUUGAGAUGAAAACGAAUGUCACUAAAUCAAAAUGAGCAAUGCAAUCAUUCUCAGUGUCAGUGAGAUUUUUGAUAAACAAAUCUUUCAUUAAUUUAAGACACUGCUGUUUAAGCCAAAAUACUGUCUUGAGAGGACGGCAAGCUUUCAAUUGGUACAAUUUUGUAAGGAUCAUGUAAAGGUCUGCCACUUUAGUAACAGCAGUUAGUCGGUCUAAUUUUCCCCCUGAAUCAGAGACUUCUAAUUCUGUUUACUUAUUAUAAUACACUGGGCAACUAAACAUUCCUAAUGAGAAGCAAACGUAUGCCAUCAAAUGUAUCUGUUACACACACACAAAAUAGUUUUGUGGCAUUAUUAAAACUUGUAAUGUUAUUUCUUUUUGACAAAAGGUAAAAUGACAGCUUGAGUUCUGUUUAUAAGCAACAUAACAUGUUCAUGAGAACAUACGUUGUACAUUAUUGGACAAUUGGAUGCUUAGUUAUUAUAUCUUGACAAGGUGUUUUGUUGUUCCAUUAGUUUGUGUACGAGUAAACGAAAUAUUUAUUCAAUCCUAA